AUGUCUUUUUUCGAGUACUCUAAUUUGUUGCAUCAGAUUAGCGAGGAAGUUGAUUGGGAAACGAAACGCGGACGAUUAAUGUUUAUCAUCAACAGAUCGCGCUCUGGUGACUACGGAGACGAUAUCACAAACGUUAUUUCGUUGCUUACCAAGAUGGAGGAAAGGAAUCUCUUAGGGAUUGAUCGUCUUAAUGUAUUGAAGGAUCUGUUAAAAGGAAUAAAAAGAUGCGAUCUUGGAAGGAAAGUGGAAGAAUUCGAAAAUAGGAGAAACGACUACAAACAGUUUCUGGAGAAGAUAAGUCGUGCACUCGACGAAUCCAAUGAACUGCAACGACUUAUUUCAAUCUGCAGAAGACAAAAUCUCAUAGGUCAUGAAAGAGAAGGACACAUCACAAACGUCAAUGCAUUGUUCACAGAGUUAGAAAAUCAGAACAAUCUGGGAAUAGGAAAUCUCAGUAUCCUGAAAACCUUGGCAAAUGAAGUCGAAAAACCAGAUUUGUGCAAACUUGUGGAUGACUUCGAUGAGAAGAGAAAACAAGAAGACGAUGCUGAGAGGAAAACGAAAGAGUGGGAGGACUACAAACUAAAAGCACAAGCUCAUGCCGCAUCUGUUCUAGUUGGUGGAAUAAACAUUGGAGAAAGGUUAAUUGGAGUUUUGACACCUCACUGUACUUUCCGCAAUGUUACUGGUGGUGCUGUGGUCGUCACUACAUGGAUGGUCCUUCGCAGGAGUCCCAGUAUGGAAGCAUUUGUCAAUGCUUUCAAAGAAGCUGUUCUCCCAUUUGGAAAUUGUUUGCGUGCAAUUAGUGAUGGAUCGAUCCGAUUUGCGCUUCAAGCAGAAAAUAGUUCCGCUCUUCACGCACUAUGGGAAAGUUAUAAAAACGAAACACUACAGACAAAUUUACAAGAGUUUCUUGUUACUGAGGAAAUAAAGCAGCUGGCAGGUGGUGAAGUGACAUUGACUGUGCACAUCGACGAAGAUGAAUACAGAAAUGCUAUCUUGGAUUUCAUGAUAUCAGGAAAAGAAGAGAUGAAACUUGAAGAGGAAAGAGGUUUAAAAGAACGGGCAAGUUCUGAUUCAGACCUUCUGAAAGAACGAAACAUCACCACAGCCAAUACAAGAGAUCCUUUUCCAGAGAGGGAGUUUUUACCAUUUGACAGAAAACUGCGUGUAGAAGAAUAUUUGGAAAAUCUUCAAGAGACCUUCAGCGAAAUCACACUACCGAGUGAUAGCGGAGCGGGGACUUUGAGUAGUGCCACUUCUGAAUAUGGAUUUGACAAAGGAGACAGACUUGAAAAGCUCGACCAGGUUGAAGGGUUAAUCAAAGAUGUCAUUGAGAAUUGGGACAGCAUUCAGGAAGCAUGCAGAGAUGCAUACCCGUUCGAAGGACGUAAAUAUCGUAGCAUAUGGAAAGAAUUGGAAAAGAUCAGAAUGACUCUGGGAACCGCGAAAGAGAUGGAAAAAGAGUGGAUGAUUGCAGAACCUAUUUUGACAUCAUCAAGCAGUCCUGAAGCUGUUAUACAACAAUUGAAAAACUCUCUAAAGCUAGAUCAAGGCUUUUUCAAAUAUCCAACCAGAGAGGACAAAAGAACUAUCCGUGUCUUGGCAAGAAAAGCCAAAAAUUUAAAACGAUUCGACGUGUUUAGUUACUUAAAAGAGAUCACACCACCA